GGAAAUUAAUCAGUGCUUCAUCUUCUCAGAAUUCUUGAGAGAGAAGCUAGAGAGAAGUUUGGAUGAACAGUGGAGCACCAAAUUGCUAAACUGAAAAUUAGAAGUGCCACCCGAUCACCAAUUUCAGGCCUUAUUGAAAAUGCAGUUGUGGAGAAAUAUGAAAAGACACCCUGCAUGCAUUUUUUUGCCACAAAUGAACAAAUGAUUUCAGAGACCAGCAAAACCCUAAAUGUCCUCUAUGUUUUCAAUGGCACAUAUGAACCCUACUUAAUCUAUUGGCUUUUUCCUUUGCAAAUGGCAUUUUAAGCAAAUAAUGCCUACAGCUGAACAUCCCUAUGAAUUGGCUAUGUACCUACAUUUCCUACAUCAAAACUUAUUCCCAUCAUGGACAGAGAUCUUUGCAAUGGCUGAGUGGAUGAUGAGCCUUCUGGAGAGAGAGGAUACUGAAUUCUUCACUCAUCUUCAGCAGUGUUUCAGAAAGAAUUGUGCAGUUGACCUAAAAGAUUUCCUGGUGGAGUUGAUAGUUCGAGAAAGAGAGAAAGCUCAAGAACUCUACUCCGCCACAGACAGAUCUGAGCAAAACAAACAUCUAACCAAGGAAUUACUGGCAAGCCCAGUAUUUUCCUCAGAAAGUGGAUGGGUGAAGCCGCUUGCUGAUCUGUCUCCAAGGCUCAGUUCAAUGGAAGCUGGAAAGGUUUCGCUUGGCUUCCAGGACCUCUUGCAAGUUGAAGUGAAGGAUGUUUUACUGAAGCUAGUUUUACCAGUACCACAGGUUGAGAUAUCACACAUUGAAACUUGGUUGAAAGAAUUUGACCCUCUUGCUGUGGAGUUAACAGUUUCAGUAUUUUAUGGCCUUGAAAAACUGUGUUCCAAGACUAGCUCUUUUAAACUCUCUCUUCUACAGAAAACCAAAGGAAAAACAGCAAAAAAAAAGUGAAACCACUGAAUUUAUUGUUCGGUUCAAUGAAACAUUUGCCUUUGAUUGUCUGGAUCCAUCUGAGUUUAUAAAUAUGGCAGAAGCUAAACCCUAUAUUGUAUUAAAAGUAGUUUACAAGUCUAAAGGCAAAGACUCACUGACUCUCGGAUGGCAAAUGGUGGAUAUAUUUCAGCAAGAAACUACAAAUAUUAGAGCUAUCUGGACACCUAAAAAGUUUUCUAUAGUUGUUCCACUGCAUCCUGGGAAACUUCCUUAUAAUAUUAUGGAUUAUACUUUGAAGCAUGUCUCAAAAGACUUGGCCCAGGGUCAUUCAAAUAUCCAGUUAAUUGUUUGUGAUACAUCCAAGGAAAGAAAUAGACAGAGAAACAACCAAAUGAGAAGAAUAAGCCUUCAAGAGUCUGACUUUCUGUAUGUACCUUGGAUUCCAUAUAAUUCCGCUCCCAUAUUACCAAGUCCUACAUCAUUAAACUGUCCAUUUGAUCUAUAUAUAGAUGCACUCCAUUAUAUUCCUGAUAAUGCAACAAUAACAAAGUAGGAAACUCUGUGAUUCGUGUGUUUAAUGAUGAUGGGAAGCUAAAUGUAGGAGGAUUUCAAUUAAGACUUAGAGGAGGGAUGCCAAUGAAGGAACCAGCAGCUUUUACACCAUCUGCAUUAAAUCAGUAUCCAGUCAUUCCCUGCUGCACUAUACUACUUCGAUUGUUACCACAC